AUGGGUAUGUGUAUGCUUCUAGAGAUGAUUCUACAUGCAAUGAAAAUGUUACGACUACGGUCUCAAUACUACACAAAGCAUCAUUUUUCAAGACAAAAUUCCAAGAAAAUUGGUCAUCAUGCUCCAAAAGGACAUUUUGUGGUGUACGUGGAUGAUAAGGAUGAUGAAUAUAUGAGGCGGUUUGUGGUCCCAAUAUCGUACUUGAAGCAACCUAUGUUUCAGGCCUUGUUGUGUUGUGCUGAGGAAGAGUUUGGUUUUGAACAUCCAAUGGGAAAUAUUGUUAUUCCAUGUUCCAUUGACUAUUUUGUUACUCUUACUUCUCGUUUCAAUGUCUCAUAA